UCCGAAGCACCGACAUUAGAUUCUGUUCCUGUCUACAAGUGGUGUGCGUUGCAUUUCCUCUGGUGUUAAGGAAGUCAAGAGAUUCUCGUAGAUAGAUCAUUGCAACUCUGAGACCGAUCGCCACGGUCUGUCCUUCAGUGAGCUGAAGUUUAGGCAACCUGUCUUUGUGUUUAUCGGGAGGGGAGAGGGAGAGAGCGGGGGGAAGAGUGUGAGAAGGAUCAAUACACUUUGCAAAAUGAUACGCAGGAAGGCUUCAAAUGUUUCAGAUCGGGAGAAACACCAAAAACCUAAGCGUGCCAGUAGCUUUGGGACCUUUGACCGAUUCAGGCAUCAGCCUCACUCAAUCAAACCAGAGGAGACGGUGGAGAGUAGCGCAAGCGAAGCUGAGCACGGAGCUGAGUUGUCCGGGGAGCUGAAUCUGGCAAAGUCUGGUCACAACGGCAGCGGCCUGGGCAAGACAAUGAGAGCCAUCUCCAAAACCAUGAAGAAGAAAAUGGCCAGAAAAUACAUCAAAGCUCUGUCGGAGGAGAUGUACGAGGGGCCGGAGGGAGAACAUUCCGGUCAGGCCUUGGGAGAACAUGAGCCUGUGGAGGGAGCACAUGGUGAGGGGAUGUGUCUGACAUCCUGCGAGUCCGUCGAGAGUCUCUACAGCCUCAACAGCGGGCAGAGCUCCUCCACAGGUGGUAUCACGAGCGGAUCGGACGCAGCAAGUAACCGUGACAGUAUCAGGCUGGAGGAAGAGCCACCGUUGUACGCUGGCCCUUUCUGUGGCCGGGCCAAGGUCCACACUGACUUCACUCCGAGCCCCUACGACACCGAUUCCUUCAAGCUCAAGAAAGGGGACGUGAUCGAAAUCAUCAGCAAGCCCACGAUGGGCACCUGGACCGGAAUGCUGAACAACAAAGUGGGGAACUUCAAGUUCAUUUACGUCGAUAUUCUUCCUGAUGAAGUGACUGCGCCCAAGAAAAUCAGGGCCCGAAGGAAAAGCAAGAGGGUCAAGCCCACAACCCUACAGGAACUCCUGGAGAGAAUCCACCUCCAGGAUCUUCACUCCACUUUGCUCCUGAAUGGUUACCAGACUCUGGAUGACUUCAAAGACCUGAAGGAGAGUCAUCUCAUUGAACUGAAUAUCACAGACCCGGACCACAGAGCCAGGCUUCUGAUUGCAGCUGACCUGCUCUCUGAGUGUGAUG